UCUUCAUUCUCUAUUUCCUCUCCUCUAUCCACCCCUCUCUUCAUCCUCUAUCUUGUUCUCCUCCCCUCUCCUCUCAUCCUCUAUGGCCCCCUCCUCUCCCUCUUUCUUCAUCUUCUGUUGACAACACCUUCUUCUUUCCUCUUGCCCCCAGGUACACAGUCUGCAAAUGGAAGUUCUUUCCAUCUUGAGAUGUCUCAGGAGGGGUUCAGCGCAGUUCUGACAUCGAGAGGGCCCAUCCUUGGGGCAGUAGGUGCUUAUGACUGGUCUGGAGGGAUAUCCAUGUACUUGGACGGUCGGCAGAAUGGCACCUGGAUAAAUGCUACAAAGGAUCGAACCGACAUGAAGGAUUCUUACAUGGGUUAUGCAGUCCAGCAGGUGCAGUGGGACACAUUGGCCAUUGGUGCACCAAGAUACCAACAUCUGGGCAGUGUCUUCAUCUACAAGAAUAAUCCAACAACAUCGGAGUGGAGCCAGGUGGCUGCAUUCACCGCAGACAAGAUUGGGUCAUACUUUGGGUCGGUGCUCAGUAUCCUGGCUUUGAAUUCCACACACUCUCUUCUUGUGGUUGGGUCCCCAACGUAUUUCUCUCCUCAAGCCCCAGGAGGGCGAGUGUACCUAUGUCCUGUCACCGAGGUCAGGAACGCCUGGCACCCUAGAGGAGCAUCUGUCACUAUGACAUGUCCAGAGACCCUUCAAGGUGACCCCAGCCAAUCUGUAGGUCAUUUCGGUUCUGCCAUCUCUGUU